AUGUCGGGAGUGACAGACACUCGCAGAUCGGUGCUCAUCACGGGAUGCUCACCUGGUGGCAUCGGCAACUCCCUCGCGCGCGAGUUCAACCGACAGGGACUACGGGUGCUGGCCACAGCUCGUGAUGCAGCGACUAUCUCUGAUCUGGCCGAGCUCGGAAUCGAAACACUGAGUUUGACUGUUGAUGACCCGGAGAAUGUGAAGCUGUGCUUUGCAGAGGUUGAAAAGAGACUUGGAGAGAGAGGUCUUGAUUAUCUCGUUAAUAAUGCUGGCCGCAAUUACACUGUUCCUGCGAUGGAAACAGAACUCGCCGAGGUUCGCCAAACGUUUGAAACCAAUUUUUUCGCAGUUAUCACCAUGUGCCAGACUUUCCUUCCCUUGCUCAUCAAGGCGAAGGGCACUAUUGUGCAGAUUGGUUCCAUCGCCGGGAUUAUCCCAUAUGUGUUUGGUUCUGUCUACAAUGCCUCCAAAGCAGCUCUGCACUCAUUUAGUGAUACGCUUCGGGUGGAGCUGGCUCCAUUCGGCGUCCAUGUCACGACUAUUGUUACCGGGGGUGUUCAAUCGCGCAUUGCGCGUACCGAUCGUACCCUGAAACCGGGUUCUCUGUAUUCCCCGAUUGAGGAUGAGUAUCUUCGCCGAGUGAAGCACAGCCAGCACAACGCGAUGCCACAUGCGACCUAUGCCCGCAGUGUCGUUUCGCAGGUGCUGUACGGAUCAGCUCCAUGGCGCUGGUUGUGGCCAUGGGCUCGUGGUCGCAAGGCUUGGAUUUGGGAGGGCCAUGCGAGCUGGUUGAUUUGGGCCCUGUCGGGUGGCUGGGCAUGGUCGGGGCUGUUUGGUCGGCUCAUGACUAAAAUGUUCAAACUAUGGAAGAUCAAAAAUGCCUCGGCCAAAUAA